ACCGCGAGCAAGCAACAAUGAUUCGCUGACGCAGGCAACACUGAGGUCGCGUCAUGGGGUUUGUUUUUUGUUUGAACGAGGACGUCAUCGCGCUCGUCGCAUACUGCUGAGCGAUCUCCGCAAAGGUUGAUAACUACGUGUGUAGGUCUCCUGCGCGAUAUCUGUUGUUUUUCGAUAGCGGGGUACUUGUCACAAGAGCCCCACAUGCCACUACGGACGCCGCGACUGUUAUGAGUGGAUCGCAGAGGCCAUGAGUCUUGAGGAUCCAUUUUUUGUCGUUAAAGAUGAAAUUGUUAAGGCCAUAGCCAAUAACAAAACACUGUUCGAGAGGUGGAACCAGUACCAAGAUCCAUCAAGCUUACCAAGCAAAGAAGACAUUGAAUGGACCACAAGUGAACUCCGGAAAGGUCUGCGCAGCAUAGAAUGGGACUUAGAAGACCUUGAGGAAACUGUUGCUAUUGUCGAAAAAAAUCCCAAGAAGUUUAAGAUCGAUGAGAAGGAAAUCAAAAGUCGAAAAGCAUUCAUAGAGCAGUCCAAGAAUGAAGUCAAGUGCAUGAAAGAAGCGAUUCUCGAAAGCAAGGCGAAGAAUAAGAAAAUGAGACCUUCGAGCAUGGAGCUGUUCAACUCAUCACGAACAGCCAAAUACACAAGCCUACGAAAUGAGGUCGAGAGUCCCGUACGUCGGCUACUGGAUCAUACCCAGCAGCAGCAGCAGGAGCUGAUGAUUGCCCAGGAUGAGGAAUUGGAAGGCAUCCAAACAUCUGUAGGCACGCUCAAGUCCAUGAGCAAACAUAUUGGCAACGAACUAGAUGAGCAGUCUGUAAUGCUGGAUGACCUCGGGCAUGAUAUGGACAAUGCGGAGUCCAAGAUUGACGGGGCUCUGAAAAAGAUGGCCAAAGUUCUCCAUAUGUCCAAUGAUCGCCGCCAAUGGAUGGCCAUCGGAGCGCUCUCAGGUGUUAUGGUGGUUGUAGUGGCACUCUUUUUUCUCCUCUAGAGCUAGUGCGUUUGCCUUGCAGCUUAAUGAAUUUUUGCAGCUUCGAGGACACUUGAGAGUUACCAGAGGCAUAGAGGAAGCAUGACGCUGAACCACAUAAUUACGCGGUUCUGAGAGGGUGCCCGCUCUUUUGAGCAUGUACAUAACUCCCCUGUGCACAUGACUUCCAUGUACACCAUACUUCUUAGUUAAACACAUUGUACUCUCGCAUGUCAUUUACAUUAUGUUACACCUUUCAUGUGCCAUAGGGUAAACUGCAUCUGUUUCCUUUCUCCCUUCCUAUAUCUGUCUUUCAAAAUAUGGCUUGGUCUACAUUUCUGAAUAAAAUAAAAAAAAAUAUAAUGAAA